UCCAACAGUAUAUACCGACGGCAAAGAGAUCAAUUGUCGGUGGACUCUCUCCAAACUCCAAAGCAUCUGAACAAGCAAGCUUUGGGUAAUGGUUCUCUUCUUCACAGGAACUUCGUAUCUUCAGCCCUCAAAACUUCCUUUGGUUCUAUUUCAAUUGUCCUUGGUUUUCUUAUUGCUAGUCCCUUGUUCCAAUUCAUUAUCCUUCAACAUUUCCAGUUUUGACCAAAAACCACGAGACAUAGUGUUGACAGGAGAUGCAAACUUCUCCAAAAAUGGCGUUGAGCUCACCAAUAACCAACAGAACUCCCGAGGUCGAGCUACAUAUAAAGAUUCGGUGCGUCUCUGGGACAAGGAAACACGAAAUCUCACGGACUUCACCACCCGUUUCUCGUUAACCAUUGCGACGAUAAAUAACUCCCUUCCUGCUGAUGGGUUGGCUUUCUUCCUCGCCACAUCAAACGGUUCUGAGCCCCCUCCAAAUUCAGCAGGUAGCUGUCUUGGUCUUCUCACUUAUGACGAUUAUCUCGAUAAAGUGUGCCUCAACAACACAGACAAUCAACUCAUUGCAGUAGAGUUCGAUACUUAUUGUGACGACCGUGUCGAUCCACUAUACAAUCAUGUGGGUAUUGAUCUCAAUUCAAUUAAGUCUGUGGAAACUACUCGAUGGUAUGGUACUAUUACGAAUAUAGGAAGCACAGUUGAUGUUCGGAUUACCUAUAAUUCUAGCACACAAAAUUUGAGUGUUUUCUUGGCAUAUCCUGAAAAGCCAGUAGCCAUUAGCAAUGGGGACCCUGACCUUUCUUAUAAAGUUGAUAUGAGGAAGUUCUUACCCGAAUGGGUGACUAUUGGGUUUUCUGCUGCUACUGGUCUGGGGGGCUUGGAGACCCAUCAAAUUCAUUCCUGGGAAUUCUAUUCGAGUAUGGAAGUAGAGACAAAGAAGACGAAUUCGAGUAUGGAAGUAGAGAAAAAGAAGACAAACAAUACAAGAUUGUUUGUUGGACUGUUUGUUGGUGCAGGUACUUUGAUGGUUUUGGGCACUAUAUUUAUAUGGCUUACCAUGCGUAUGAAGAGAAAGAGGGACACAGAAGAAGUGGAAGAUGAUGAUGAUGAUUCUAUGAAUGAUGAAUUUGAAAAGGGAGCUGGUCCUAAAAGGUUCUUGUAUGGUGAAUUGGCUCGGGCGACAAAUGACUUCCAUGAAGAACAAAAGCUUGGAGAAGGAGGGUUUGGAGGUGUUUAUAGAGGUUUACUGAGUGAUGUCAACUUGGAGGUGGCCGUCAAGAGGGUCUCCAAAAGGUCUAAACAAGGGAUAAAGGAGUAUACAUCUGAGGUGAAGAUCAUUAGCCGAUUACGACAUAAAAACUUGGUCCAACUUGUAGGGUGGUGCCAUCAACGAAAGGAGUUUCUCCUUGUGUAUGAGUUCCUGCCCAAUGGGAGUCUUGAUUCCCAUCUUUUUGGACAGAAGGAAUCACUAACAUGGAAGGUAAGGUAUGAUAUUGCUCUUGACUUGGCCUCUGCACUUCUCUAUUUGCAGGAAGAGUGGGAACAAUGUGUUUUUCAUAGAGACAUUAAAUCAAGCAAUGUUAUGUUAGACUCUAACUUUAAUGCAAAACUUGGGGAUUUCGGGUUGGCCAGACUUGUGGACCAUGGCCAACGAGCACAGACAACUGUGUUGGCUGGCACCAUGGGUUACAUGGCUCCAGAAUGUGUUAUAACUGGCAAGUCUAGCAAAGAAUCAGAUGUCUACAGCUAUGGAAUUGUUGCUCUGGAGAUUGCUUGUGGAAGGCGGCCUGUUGAACCAAGGCUAGAAUCGAGUAAGGUAAGAUUGGUGGAAUGGGUAUGGGAGCUCUACGGAAGAGGAAUGCUAUUUGAAGCAGCAGAUUCUAGACUUAAAAAUACGGGUUUUGAUGAAAAACAAAUGGAGUGUUUGAUGGUUGUUGGGCUAUGGUGUGCUCAUCCAGAUUCCAACCUCCGACCCUCCAUAAAGCAAGCGAUGCAGGUUCUUAAUUUUGAAGCUCCAUUACCCACUCUCCCGCCUAAGAUGCCGAUACCCACUUAUUGUGUCCCCCAAUUUAAUGCAUGUGAUCAUUCGAAUUCAUCUGAUGUUGUGUUCCCUUCUACUAAUUCUUGUACUAUAUCUCUCAUGUACCCACGCUAA